AUGAACGCCGCUAUGUUUAAGAAAUGGUUUAUUGAUAUGUUAAACCAUUUGGAGGAACCUUGCGUUAUUGUAAUGGAUAAUGCAUCUUACCAUUCUGUUCUUUCUGUCAAUUAUCCAAAAUCAAAUGCUAUAAAAUCAAUUGUUAAACAAUGGCUUAGAGAAAACGGAGUAGAUUUUUCUCCAUUAGAAACACUGAGUGAAUUACGGAAACGUGUAAAGUCAUUAAUACCCAAGGAAAAAAAUAUGAACUUGAUGAAAUUGCACUUCAGAUGGGCCAUGAAGUUGUGCGUUUGCCGCUGUACCGUCUCCUCUUUACCUGGGGGUCGCAUCUCUCAGUGUCGUUCUGUUAAUAUUAACGAGGUCUCGGAAACUCGACCUCGGUGUGUGAUAUUAUUACUAGGGAUCAGGGUUACCUUAUGUAAAGCAAAGUUCUCAACGUAUAAUUUUGUAACUGUUAUUAACUAUCGAAUCUUAUAA